UGCUCUGUACACUUCAUGCAUAUGCAUAGUACGGCUAGCUUCACGUCACGUAAACAAAAUGGCGGCCAACAGAAACGCAACAGAGUCGUCGUACGUACGCCCUUACUAAAAUCAUGCGUCAACAAGCGUCAACAAGCCUCAACUGGCGUCAACAAACUUCAACCGUCGUCACCACACUACAACAAAUUUUGUAGAAGUUUUGGAAAAUCAAAAACAGCUUUUAUAAUAUUAUACGGUUCUACAACAGAGUCACCGACUAACACCACAGGCACAGGCACCGAAGCCACUGAGCCAGGCACUGAAGCCACAGAGUCUGGAACCAAUGGCACAGAGUCAGGCACCGAAGCUGUAGAGUCAGGAACCAGUGGCACGGAGUCGGGCACCGAAGCCACAGAGUCGGGCACCGAAGCCACAGAGUCGGGCACCGGUAGCACGGAGUCAGGCACCGAAGGCACAGAGUCGGGCACCGAAGCCACAGAGUCGGGCACCGAUAGCACGGAGUCAGACACCGAAGGCACAGAGUCGGGCACCGAAGCCACAGAGUCGGGCACCGAUAGCACGGAGUCAGACACCGAAGCCACAGAGUCAGGCACCGAAGCCACAGAGUCAGGCACCGAAGCCACAGAGUCGGGCACCGAAGCCACAGAGUCGGGCACCGAAGGCACAGAGUCGGGCACCGAAGCCACAGAGUCAGGCACAGAAGCCUCAGAGUCAGGCACCGAAGCCUCAGAGUCAGGCACCGAAGCCACAGAGUCGGGCACCGAAGCCACAGAGUCGGGCACCGAAGCCACAGAGUCGGGCACCGAAGCCACAGAGUCGGGCACCGAAGCCACAGAGUCAGGCACUGAAGCCACAGAGUCAGGCACCGAAGCCACGGAGUCAGGCACCGAAGCUGCAGAGUCAGGAACUGAUGGCACAGAGUCAGCAACCGAUGACACGGUGUCAGGCACCGAAGCCGCAGAGUCGGGUACCGAAGCCACAGAGUCAGGCACUGAAGCCACAGAGUCAGGCACCGAAGCCACGGAGUCAGGAACUGAUGGCACUGAGUCAGCAACUGAUGACACGGUGUCAGGCACCGAAGCCGCAGAGUCGGGCACCGAAGUCACAGAGUCGGGCACUGGGGGUGCUGACACAACCGUCUCCGGCACAUCUGCUCCGGAGUCAUCAACGGUCUCAGACACUGACGCUCCAGUUGUAACCUGUUCCGGCAAUGUUCCUUCAGUAACGGCAGGCUUUGGGAGUGUCAGUGCUGUUGUGUCAUGGUUGUCAAUGCCUUCAGCUACUGAUAAUGUUGACACCAUUGACGCUGGCAGUAUUACAUGUCAGGAUAACUUAGAUAAUACUGUGGUGUCAGGAGGCACAUAUGCUGUUGGCGUGACAACGGUAACAUGCAGAGUCAGUGAUGCUGCCUUAAACGAAGGAUCAUGCCAGUUUACCAUCACUGUAACAGCAUGUGGAUUGACUGCUUCAAGUUGUGCUAAUGGAGGGACUUUUGAUGCUCAGUACUGCGAAUGUGUUUGUCCUCAGACUCAUUCAGGAGCAACUUGCGGAGAUACCAACCCGUGUUUGACUAGUCCUGGAGCGCUCUGUUCAGAUGCGACGUCAGGACAAUACUGUCAACCUUCCUCCGAUGCUCCUGGCUACACAUGUCAGUGUCGCAACCAAGAUGGAUAUUUCAUGGUUUCUACUGCAUGUCUACGGCGUCCAACCAUAGUUCUCACCUUCAGAGCACCUUUAGAGGUGUUCAUAGAUGCCUACAGGAAUCCAACCUCAACCGCAUUUAGAGCGAAGAUUGCCAUAUUGAAACGACUGAUCUUGCUUCGACUGAGGAAUUCUGCAUCCACCGCUAGCGUUGUAUCAGUAUCUGUCCUCAUCCUUGAACCAGGAAGUGUCAUAUCCACCGUGGCUGUGGAAUUCCCAGAAAAUCAAGUUCUUCCGAGAGCCGGUGUAGUUUCAGCUUUGUCAUCUGGCGAUCUCACCGAUGGCACUGAAACAGUCAGUGUUGAUCCGGCUUCAGUAACUGUUCAAGAUGCAACAACAGAGUGUGCACCAAACUACUGCAGUAAUGGUGGAGUAUGUGUGAGGUCUGGCUACUUCCCUAACUUUGUAUACACAUGCAGUUGUCAGACUUCAUUUACUGGACAGCGAUGUGAGACAAUCAUUCCAGUUCCAGUGGAUCCAUCAACGGUGCCGGAGCCACCCAGCGUUACACUACCACCUCAAGGUGGACUAUCUACAUUAGCAAUCAUCCUCAUCGUCGUUGGAUUCGUUCUCCUUCUGCUCCUCAUAGUAGGCCUGUUCCUUUGUUUCAUGUUCUUUCAAUCACAACGGUAUGCAAGACCUCUGCCUGUCUACAGAAGUAGAAGAAAGCCUGUGACCGCGCUGGUUCCUGUUGAUUACGAUGAUUACCAAACCUUGCCUCACGAUGCUUACCGUAGGUCAGAGAUCAAUAGAGAUGACAUCAGGAUGGAGUCUUUGAGACGCGUUAUAAUCGAUUCCCCAUACUUGAAGCAGGGUUUGACAGGGCAACAAGACUUCAUUCGUCCCUAUGUGGUUACAGGAAUGGAAGGAGUGUACAAUGACUAUCCCAUGUAUGAUGGCAGUUCUGCAGGUCGUGUAGUCUACAAUCCCGGCGUGUUCUAGUUAACUUUAGAAACCCAAUGCAGACUAUUGUGGUUUAUGUUAGUUGAUGUUGCCAGUAUACACCCUUUGCAUUCAGACGCCAUGUUUUCUUAUUUAAAUUUAUUAACAGUGAAAAGACUUAUAGGGCUUCAUGAGGUGAAUUUUUCUUAGAAACACUUAUUGAAAAGUGCACUUCUUUAAAUAUUUAAAAUAUUUCCCUGCUUUCCAGGCAACUGAGGGCGCUAUUGCUGUGAUUUCAUUUCAGGAAGACUUUGUUCAGUUUAGGGGAUUUCUGUUCAAAUUGUUAACCCAAAAAUGUGCUCAUUGAAAAUAUUGCUGGGAAAGGUUUGCUCAUUUGCUUACUGCCAUGUCCUGAUACAACAAAUCACUAAAGAAAGGAAAAUUUACGACAGCAAAAUAUCCAAAAUAGUGGUAACUUAUGGUGCUGAAAUAUCUGUAACAUGGAGGUUUCUGCCUGAAAUGACAUCACACUUUCGCUCAUAAAUAUGGACAUUUUCAUUGGCAUAAAGUAAAAACCAAAGACACACCAAAAUACCCUUGAAAAUGGCAAAAUGAAAAUUGUAAAUGAGGUUAAAUGGGGCACAAAGGUGCAUUUUCAAGGUCUGCAUUAAAAAACUGACAUUGCAUGGGCCAUUUGAUAUAAGAGGCCUUUGUGUUUUGCUAUUUAACAAAAGCACACACCUCAAUAAUGGUUGAAAUUGAAAUAUCUAUUUUUAUCCUUCAUUCUACCAUGAGUAUCUUGGGAACCUGUGAGGGCAAAUAUGUAUUAGUGCCUUGGUGGUAAUGCUAAUAUGGCCCCCUGGAGGAAAUAAUCAUUCCAGAGAAGUGAAGUUUGGAUACAUUAAAUAUGUUUUGCAGAGUAUGCGUGACGUGUUUUCAACAAAUUAAAGUGAGAGGAAUUCCUUUAAAGUCGAUGUAUACUUGCCUGUUGGGUGUGGCACCUUGAAAAAUAGAUUUUCAAAUUGAAUUGAUAAUUUUCUAGCAUUACAUUAGUUAUGAGCUUUCCCAUGAGACAACAAAUGAAAACAAAAAUCGUUCUGAAUACAGUGUGCGCAAUUUCUGAACUGGAGCGUGCCACUUUUUAAAGCUGUAGAAAGGCCUGCAAAAACAGACAAGCAAAUUCAUUUGUUUCAGGGCAUUAUAUUCCUUUAAAUUUUGUUCUGUAAAGAAAAUUUAAAUUUUGAGAAAGCAUGUAUAUACCAACUUUAUAGAAAUGACACUAAAAUAUUUGUAACAGUAAUGUUGUAUAUAUUCAGUUACAAUUUUUACUUUUUAAAAAUCAUUUCACACCUUUCUUUCUUGAUACAUGUAUUCUUCAUUUACUUGAAAGUUAGGUGGAGUUAAAAUACGGAGGGUAGGUUACUUUUCAGUUGUUGUUUGUACUUACAUAGUAUAUUUUGAUUAAGUAAUUAAAUGUAAUGCUUGUUUACUGUGAGGAAGGUUGGUCAAACCAUUACUAACCAUUUAGACCAUGGUGUAUGAAAAUGUAUUACGGAAAAAAGCGUACAGAAGUGUUUGGAAGUCGGUAUAUGUAUAUAAAACUUUAUAUCAACAAUAUAUGGGCCUGGUUUAAGUUGAUAUAUCUUGUUCAAAAUAGUUAUUCUGUCAAAAGGUUUCAGGACUUUGGUUUUGAUUGAAAACAAUGCUCAGAGAAAACAUUGCAGUCAGAAAGAAAAUAGUUCUGUGAUGUAGAAUUGGUCUGGAAGAUCUUUCAUUGUUUUCAUUGUUGAAAAGAAAUCUGUAAAUAUUCUUAUUAUUAAAGUUGGUGCUGUUUAUUAUUGGUGUGUUGAUAUAUCUGAUCUGGAAUCAUUCAUGCCUGCGAUGCAUAAGUGGUUCAUAUGAUUGUUCAUUGUUGAUAUGAUAAUCUUGCAUAAAUUAUGUGUUAAUAAAUCUUGAAUUGACACAUUGAA